CCUCCCUCCCCACUCUGUUCUUCUCUGUAAAAUGUGUGUGCCAUCAUCAUUCUGAAACGUUUGCAAAAGUGAAAAGAACAUUCAAAAUCAGGUGAUACAAUAAGACUCCACAAUUUCCCACACCCCAUUCCCAUAUUGUGCUAGAACAAUUUAUUUGAUUGAAUAAUCAAAUCCCAAGAUUUUUUUAAAGCACAUUCUCUACUAGAAUUUGUUAAGUAAAAAUUGGGAAAUUUCUUUCGAAAUUAUAGAGAAAAGAUGAUGUCAAUGACGCCUGAUCAGUUUAAAAAAGCGGGAUUAGGGAUUAUCCCGAUACCAUCUCCAUCUCCUUUUCUCACUCCUCGUCCUGAAAGAUAUCGUAUGGAUAGAAGAGGAAGUGAAGCUAAGUUGUCAUUUAAUCGCCAAGAAAAAGAUUGUGAAGUUAAUGUGCAAGUAAUUCUCAGAUGCAGGCCAUUAAACGAUGACGAGCAAAGCAGCAACCCAACAAGAGUGGUAACAUGUAAUGAACUGAAAAGAGAAGUCACUCUUUCACAAAGUAUAGCUAAUAAACAACUAGACAGAGUUUUCACAUUCGAUAAGGUUUUUGGACCAAAAACACAACAAAGAUCCAUAUAUGACCAAGCUAUUGCACCCAUUGUUAGAGAAGUCCUUGAUGGUUACAACUGCACAGUUUUUGCGUAUGGACAAACUGGAACUGGAAAAACUUAUACCAUGGAAGGAGCAAUGAGGUCAAAGGGUGCUGAAGUGUGUGCUGAGGCUGGUGUCAUCCCAAGAGCAGUUCGUCAGAUAUUUGACAUACUAGAAGCUCAAAAUGCUGAUUAUAGUAUGAAGGUGUCGUUCUUAGAGCUUUAUAAUGAAGAAAUAACUGAUUUACUAGCUCAUGAAGAUAACUCAAGGUUAACAGAUGAUAAGCAAAAGAAAUGUGUCUGUUUGAUGGAAGAUGGAAGAGGUUGUGUGAUCAUUAGAGGGCUUGAAGAAGAAGUUGUAUAUAGUGCCAAUGACAUCUAUAACCUUAUGGAACGAGGAGCUGCUAAAAAGCGAACAGCAGACACAUUACUGAACAAGCGUAGCAGUCGCUCUCAUUCUAUCUUCACCAUAACGGUUCAUGUAAAAGACAUAACCAUUGGAGAGGAGGAGCUCAUCAAAUGCGGGAGACUAAAUCUUGUUGAUCUUGCAGGAUCCGAGAAUAUUUCUCGUUCUGGUGUGAGAGAGGGGCGUAGUAGGGAAGCUGGGGAGAUAAAUAAGAGCUUGCUCACCCUUGGCAGAGUAAUUAAUGCGCUAGUCGAACAUUCAGCUCAUAUACCUUACAGGGACAGUAAGCUGACAAGGUUAUUGAGAGACUCAUUAGGAGGGAAAACAAAGACAUGCAUCAUAGCAACGAUAUCACCAUCUCCCCAUUGUCUCGAAGAAACUCUCAGCACUCUAGAUUAUGCUUAUCGUGCUAAAAAUAUAAAAAACAAACCUGAGGUAAAUAAAAAGUUGUCCAAGACAGUUUUGCUCAAAGAGAUGUACAUGGAUAUUGAGAGGAUGAAACAAGAUAUUCGGGCUGCAAGAGAUAAAAAUGGUGUUUAUAUACCACAAGAACGAUUUGUCCUAGAUGAAGUAGAAAAGAAGGCAAGAAUUGAGAGGAUAGAGCAGUUGGAGAUGGAGCUUGAACUUAGUAGAAAGGAUGCUAAAAAGUACCAUAAUCUGUAUCUUUUUGAGCAAGACGAGAAAUUAAAUUUUGAAGCUGAGCUCCAGGAUUUCAAGAAAAAUCUGGACAGUUCCAGUAAGAUCUUGCAAGAACUUCAAGGAAAGCAGAAAAAGUCUCUCAUUCAGUUACAAGAAAAAGAGUUAAUUAUCUCAAAACUUACUAGCUCAGAAAAUUCUUUAAUUAAACGGGCAAAGGAGCUGUGUUUCACUCUGGAAAAUGCAUCUGAAGAUAUAUCGGUAUUACACGAAAAGAUAGAUGACAAGAACAAAUUGGAAGCACAAAAUCAUGAAUUAGUUCUUGCAUUUGGUUGUCAGCUUGACAAGAGCUUAAUAGAACUGCAUAAAACCAUCUUUGGAUCAGUUUCACUGCAGCAGGAUCAACUGAGAUGCAUGGAAGAGCACAUGUGCUCAUUUCUUGCCAGAAAAGACGAUGCAACAAAGAAUUUGGAAGCAAUUAUUCAGAAAAUAGCCGACAUACAUACUUUAACGGUAGCAGCUUUAGGGGAGUCUAAUGGCGCAUUACAAAGAAAAGCUUCAGCCGAUUUAGAGUACAUAAAUUCCACCAUAUCUUGUCAAACUGUGAAUAUGGAAAAGUUACUGGAUGCUUUGAUUAUCGAGGCCAAGGAUGUAACGAACAACAUCCAGUGUUCUCUUACUAAGCAAAUGGAGCUGCUGGUCUUCUCUGCGCAGCAACGCGAACAGGAACUUCAAAGGACUCUGGUCUCAUCUCAAAAGAUCAACAAAGCAACUGUAGGGUUCUUUGAUGAAAUCUGCAGCCAUGCCUCUGAACUCAUAAGUAAUCUUGAAGAAAGCCAAAGCAGGAACUUUAUCAAUUUAAGAAAGUUUGAAAAAGAGUUCGAGGAACAAUCUGCGAAAGAGGAGCAGGAGGCCAUUGACAAAAUUAUUUCUGCACUGGCAACAUUAAGAAUAAAUAAAGCAUCUUUGGUUUCAAAGGCGCUAAAUAACAUCAAUGAAACUGGACUAGAAGAUAGUGCAGCAUGUCGGCAAAACCUCACCAGAAUUCAGAAAGCUUCAGUAGCUGCAAAGAAUGCCUUGAAUGGACAUAUGGGAAAUGUUGAAGGCCACUACUUGACAGACUUGUACUUGCUAACUGAAAUUAACGGAUCUAUGAAGGAGAAUAUCAAGCAGUGCUCAUACCAGGCCAAUAACUCAGCAGAGGAGUGGAAAAGAGCUGCACUUUCAGUCAAAAAACUCAAUUAUGAUAGAAAACUAAGAGUACAAUCUACCAUCAAUGAAAGGAUCUGUCAGAAUGAAAUCAUACAGAACCAGUUUAUCACAUCAGCAUCAGUGAAGGAGGCUGAAUAUGAUGCUAAUGUAUCCAGUCUGCUUUCCAAACUUAAGGAUACUUAUAUGUUAGAUAGCGAAAUUCAUCAGAAGAUGGAGUCCUUAUCAAAUCUGUGCUUCAAUCAACUUGCAUCAAUGCAAAUUGAUCAUAAAGAAAGUCUCUCGACCAUCCAGAACAAAAUGGAAGUGUGCCUUGAUAAAGGUUACAUGGUAGAAGAACAGGUAGAGACCGAGAAAAGAGCCAUAGAAGUGCCGAGUCUGGCAUCCAUUGAGGGAAUGAGAACUCCAAGUCCUUCAAAUGUUGAUCUUCUAGUAAGCAUUAAUGCUGAGGAAGCAUCAGAAUCUUCCCAGUUAAAAAACAAGACACCGAAUACACUCCAUCAUACAAUAGAUUGGCCUAGCAGGGCUCCCUUGAUAAACAUCAAUUGAGGUGUUUGUAUAUUCCUCUAUAGUAAUUAGUAGCUGCUAGACCACUUCGGAUGCCCUAGAGGUUGUAUCUUAACCGUACAUUUCAAAAUCAAUGGCUCAUAAUGGUGGAAAGGGAAAAUUUAGGGAGUGGAUUGUAAUGAGAAAAAAUAGGGCGAAUUUUGGAAAUAUAAGACAUAAGCCAUUGAUUUUUUUAUUCAAUGGUUGACAUUGUUCAAACUCCACCAUGUAGAGUUAUUUUAGAACUCGGGAGGAUCCAAACACCCGCUAGACAGGGCAUGUAAAUCUGAAAAUUUGUACAUGAAUAGUAAUGAGUCUAAUGCAGUAUUUGAUUCCUAGAAUUCAUAUCAAAACUUUC